AUGUCCGGCUGCGAGCCCCGCCGUGCCCGGGCGCUGCUGCUGCUCGCCCUCUGCAGCCUGAGCGCUGCCCAGCCCCGCCAGCGCCAGGGUUAUUUGAUUGCAGCACCUUCUGUUUUCCGCUCUGGGGUGGAGGAAGCCAUAAGUGUGACCAUCUUCAACUCUGCCAAGGAGACCACAGUGCAGAUCCAGCUGGUGGUCAAAGGAGAGACAGUGUCACGGAGCCACGGGACCGUCCUGGAUAAAGGAACAAUUAAGCUGAAGGUGCCUUCAGGGCUUCGUGGGCAAGCACACCUGAAGGUUUGGGGCAACAGGCACCUGGCAGAGGAAGGAUACAUCUUCCACAACUACACCACAGUCACCAUCGACAGCAAGGGCUCCUCAGUGUUCAUCCAGACUGACAAACCUGUCUACAAACCCAAGCAGAAAGUGUUGAUAAACCUCUUCAUGGUGACUUCUGACCUGAGGCCAGUCAACGACAGGAUUGAAGCUUAUGUGGUGGAUCCCCGGGGCUCUCGGAUGAUAGAAUGGAAUAACUUGAAACCGUUUUGUUGUGGCAUUGUCAAUAUGAGUUUUCCUCUGUCUGAUCAGCCAGUGUUUGGGGAAUGGCUCAUCUUUGCUGAGAUGCAGGGGCACACCUACAACAAAUCCUUUGAGGUGCAGAAAUACGUGUUGCCAAAGUUUGAGUUGCUGAUUGACCCCCCUCGCUACAUUCGUGACCUUUCACUGUGUGAAAAAGGAACUGUCCAUGCCAGAUACACAUUUGGAAAACCAGUGACAGGGAAGUUAAUUGUCAACAUGACUAUAAAUGGUGUUGGGUACUACAGACAUGAAGUGGGACACCCUGUCCUCAAGACCACCCAGAUCGAUGGCUCUGCCGUGUUUGAUGUGUGUGUCAAGGACAUGAUGCCAGCAGAUGUCCCCGAGCACUUCCGAGGCACAGUCAACAUCUGGGCCACGGUGAUCAGCUCUGAUGGCAGCAAGCAGGUGACCUUUGAUGACUCCACACCUGUCCAGAAACAGCUGAUUGAUAUCAAGUACUCCAAGGACACCAGAAAACAAUUCAAACCUGGGCUGCCUUACAAAGGCAAGGUAGAAGUCACUUACCCCGAUGGAAGUCCAGCUGACAGAGUCACCAUCCGAAUUAAAGCUGAGCUCACACCAAAGGACAAUGUUUACACAAGUGAACUGGUCUCAAGGAAUGGCCUGGUGGAGUUUGAAAUCCCCUCCAUCCCCACAGCUGCCCAAUAUGUCUGGCUGGAGACCAAAGUGACAGCAAUUGAUGGGAAACCCUCUGGGGAUCAAUAUCUGCCCAACUACUUGUCCAUCAGCAGCUGGUACUCACCCAGCAAGUGUCACAUCCAGCUGCAGGCACCAGAUAAACCUUUCCAGGUGGGAGAGGAGGCCUGGAUUGCAGUGAAGUCCACAUGUCCUUGCAACUUCACUCUCCAUUAUGAAGUGGCAUCACGAGGGAACAUUGUGCUGUCAGGGCUGCAGCCCAGCAAUGUCACCCAGCAGAGGAGCAAAAGAGCCACCAGUCCCUUUGAGAAGAACAUUGACCUCACACACUUCCCAGGAACAGCACCUCCCAGCACACCUGCAGCAGAGGUUGAGGUGUGUGUGACCUUCCUGAGGUUCUGGGUCCUGCACUCCAUGGCUCCCCUGGGUCGGCUGCUCGUGUUCUACGUCAGGGAGAACGGAGAGGGGGUCACAGACAGCCUGCAGUUCUCUGUCAACUCCUCCUUUGAGAACCAGGUUGCCGUGGCGCUCUCGGCCAACGAGACCAGGCCUGGUGAUGUUGUGAACAUCAAGGUGAGAGCUGCCAAAGGAAGCUGUGUCUGCAUUGCCACGGUGGACAAGAGUGUCUACCUGCUCAAGCCAGGCUUCCAGCUCACAGCCAGCCAGGUGUUCCAGGAGCUUGCAGAGUAUGAUGUGUCUGAUGCUUUUGGAGCCCCAAAGGAGGAAGGGCACUUCUGGUGGCCGGGCAUGUCCUCCCGGAGACGCCGCAGGUCCUCCGUGUUCCCCUGGCACUGGGACAUCACCAAGGACGCGCGCUUCGCCUUUACAGAAACUGGCUUGGUGGUGAUGACUGACAUAGUCAGCCUGAACCACAGGCAGAAUGGAGGGAUGUACACAGAUGAGGCUGUCCCAGCCUUCCAGCCACACACUGGCACCUUGGUGGCCACCAUGCAUUCCAAAGUAGCACCAAGCAGAGCAGAGAAGAGGAAAAGAACCUUCUUCCCUGAGACGUGGAUUUGGCACUGCCUCAAUGUCAGUAACAGCUUGGGGGAAGCCCAGCUGCAGCUGGAGGUGCCUGACUCCAUCACCACGUGGAUCACUGAGGCUGUGGCUCUGUCUGAGGACAAGGGGCUGGGCAUUGCCAGGCAGACAGAGCUGAAAACCUUCAAACCUUUCUUCAUCGACUUCACCCUGCCCUACCACGUCAUCCGGGGCGAGCAGACCAAGAUCCCCCUCACUGUCUACAACUACCUGGCCGUGUGUGCAGAGGUCCACGUGAAGAUUUCUGUCCCAAAAGGCAUCAAGUUUGUUGGGCACCCUGGCAAGCACCACCUGACCAGGAAGAAGUGUGUGGCCCCUGGGGAAGCCAAACCCACCUCCAUCGUUCUGUCCUUCAACGAGCUGGGCCUGAGCAACAUCACUGCAAAAGCUUUUGCCUAUGGUGGGACCAGCUGCUGUCAGGAGGGGAUGCAGACCCUGAAGAGUGGCAAACACUCAGAGGACUCUCACAUGGACAAAAGGAGCCCUGUGGGGGUGGAUUAUGUUCGCAGCAGUGUCAUUAUUGAGCCAGAGGGACUGUCCAGAGAAUACACCUACAGUGUGUUCUUCUGCCCAAAUGAGAAAAUACACAUUUCCACCCCUAACAAGUAUGAGUACCAGUACAUGCAGAAGCCAGCCCAGAUGAGCCACUUUGACAUUGCAGUGAAGGCUCACAACGACGCUCACCUGGCCCUGUCCUCGGGCCCCCACGACAUGGCAGAGAUGACAGAGAUCGUCAUUGGGGGACAGCAGAACACCAAAACCUGGAUCUCCAUCAGCAAGAUGGGAGAGCCAGUGGCCAGCAGGGACACACCUGGCAUCCUCUCCUGGGAUGAAUUCCGCAGCUUCUGGAUCAGCUGGAAAAAUGGAGUUAUCCAGGUUGGCCACGGUACUCGGGUGCUAAACGAAUCUAUUAUUGUGGAGUGGACAGUCCCCAAACAGCUUGAGGUGAAGUACAUUGGCUUUUCCACAGGCUGGGGGUCAAUGGGAGAGUUUAAAAUUUGGAGAAAAGAAGAGACUGAUGAAAAUCACAAUGAAGCAUUUACUCUUGGAGUUCCCCACAACAUAAUUCCAGGAUCAGAAAGAGCUACGGCUUCAAUAAUAGGAGAUGUGAUGGGUCCUACUCUGAACAACCUGGACAACCUGCUGAGGUUGCCCUUUGGCUGUGGGGAGCAGAACAUGAUCCACUUUGCUCCCAAUGUCUUUGUCCUGAAAUACCUGCAGAAAACCAAGCAACUCAGCCAUGAGGUGGAGGUUGAAGCCACUGAUUACCUUGUUCAAGGCUACCAGCGCCAGCUGACCUACAAGAGGCAGGAUGGCUCCUACAGUGCUUUUGGGGAGAGGGACUCAUCAGGGAGCAUGUGGCUAACAGCUUUUGUGCUCAAGUCCUUUGCUCAGUCUCGUGGGUUUAUUUUCAUUGACCCCAAAGAACUCACAGCUGCCAAAGACUGGAUCAUCCAGCACCAGAAGGAAGAUGGUUCUUUCCCUGCUAUGGGCAGGAUUCUAAACAAGGACAUUCAGGGUGGGAUCCAUGGGAAGAUCUCCCUGACAGCUUAUGUGGUUGCAUCUCUUCUGGAAACAGGUGUCACUUCUGAGGAAGAAAGAACAGCUGUUGACAAAGCAAAACACUUCCUGGAGUCCAACCUGUACUCAGCAGAAGAUCCCUACACCACUGCCCUGAGUGCCUACGCCCUGACCCUGCUGCACAGCCCCUCUGCGGCCACCACGCUGCGCAGGAUGAACAGCAUGGCCAUCACCCAAGAUGGCUUCACUCACUGGAGCCUCACAGGAACCCUUGUCACUGAUGAAGACACCUUCAUGGGAUUUAAUGAUGGGCUCUCUCAAUCAGUUGUUUCUGCAGAAGUGGAAAUGACAUCCUAUGCCCUUCUGACCUACACACUCCUGGGAGAUGUGGCCUCUGCACUCCCUGUAGUCAAGUGGCUCUCACAGCAGAGGAAUGCACUGGGAGGAUUCUCAUCUACUCAGGACACCUGUGUGGCCCUGCAGGCUCUGGCUGAAUAUGCCAUCCUUUCUUAUGUUGGAGGAGUCAACCUGACCAUUUCCUUGGCUUCUACUAACCUGGACUACCAGGAGACCUUUGAGCUUAACAAGAUGAAUAAGAAAGUCCUUCAGACUGCAGUGAUCCCCAGUAUUCCAACAGGGCUGUUUGUGAGUGCCAAAGGUGAAGGCUGCUGUCUGAUGCAGAUCGAUGUCACUUACAAUGUACCCGAUCCUAUUGCCAAGCCAGCCUUCCAGCUGCUGGUGAACCUGAAGGAGCCCAAGGCAGAGCAGCAGCUGCAGGCGCCGGCCCCGCUGCGCUCGGGCGCUGCCCCCCAGAGCCGCGCAGCCCUGCACAGGGACAGGGCCCUGGGGGACGACGAGGACCCGGCCUCGGACCACGACCACCGCGAGUACAAAGUCAUCCUGGAGACCUGCACCAGAUGGCUGCACUCUGGAUCCUCAAACAUGGCUGUGUUGGAAGUGCCUUUGUUCUCAGGGUUUAGGGCAGAUAUUGAGAGCCUGGAGCAGUUGUUGAUGAACAAGCAAAUUGGGUUAAAAAGAUAUGAAGUGGAUGGAAGAAAAGUCCUAUUUUAUUUUGAUGAGAUUCCCAGCCAGUGCAUGACCUGUGUGAAGUUCCAGGCUUUCAGGGAGCACAUCGUUGGGAAAACAGCCCCUGUUCCCAUCAAAGUGUACGACUACUACGAGCCAGCUUUUGAAGCCACUCGUUUCUACAACGUGAGCGAGAACAGCCCCCUGGCCCGCGAGCUCUGCGACGGCCCGACCUGCAACGAGGUGGAGAGCUCAGCCAGCCAGUGGGUUGGCUUUGUCCACUCUGGCCCUUGCAACAACAUCUUUGGGUGCCUGGAGGACGAGCACUUGGAGCAGUGCCUGUGCUCGCGGGACUGCGGCUACGACGGGGAGCCCGUGUGCGGCUCCGACGGGCACAUCUACCCCAACCACUGCCAGAUGGAGGUGGCAUCCUGCAGGAACAACACCAGCAUAGAGCAGAUGCCCAUGGCUCAGUGUGCUGCCUCCAAGAACUUGCCAGAAGAAAGGGAGACACACUCCCACACAGCUGAGCAGCCCAGUGUUCCCCAGACUCCAGCAGCUCCUGCAGCUCUGGUUCCCCCAGCAGCCGAGGAGGGGCCCCCCCUGCACACAGACCUGUCCUACUACUCCUACGAGUACGACCCCGACGCCUUCGCCGUGGAUGCCGACGUGUUCGAGGUGGUGGCGGAGCUGAGCACGGCCAGGACUCUCCAGGAAGGGGACAGCAGCCAGGGAGAGGCCACCCCAGCAGAAUGAAAUCCAUAAUUUAAAUAAAGAGAAGAGGCUCAGAAUCGACUCCUGUAUGAGUUUGUUCCUCCAGAUGACCUGCUGCAGAACAGAAUCCCAAUGAUGACUACUUCCUGAUGCCCUCAGAACUGUUGGCUUUGCUGCCCCAUGGGGCAGAUCUGGAGCUCUAAGGGGGACACUCAGCAUUAUUUUUCUGUCCAUUUACCUGCCUUCUGUGCAUCCUCUUUGGAGCCCUUCCAGUGAUGAGAGACCAACAUGCUGUGCCCUCUAGGUGAGAAAAUAGGGACUGGAAUUCAAACUUAUAGAGCAUUUCCAAGUGUUUUCUCUGCUAUCAGGAUAUUCUGCAAAUGCCAUUUCCUAGCUACACUUAGAAGCUAAGUCCAGGCCUUGUGCUUAGCUGAACUGCUGUUUGAGGAAAGAUGGCUGAGAAGUUUUUUUGCUCAAAUUAUAAUAAUAAAAAUCAGUGGUUUUUGCCAAUUAUGACACAGCAAGAGGCUACUCAUCUUCCCCAGCCCAUCAGUCUGCUGCACCCAUGAGAGAAACACUUCCCUGUGGCUCCACAGUUCAGGGAAGUUGUUGGGAGCUACAUUUUACCUGAGAAAACUGAAUUCCACAGCCAGGGCUGAAAGGCUUCAUGUCUGCUGCUGUCUGCUGGCCUCAGGUGGGCGUUUGCAGCCCCAGCAGAGGCAGGGGUGAGGUGGGGGAGCCCUCUUUGUGUUGCACUAUGUGCUGACAGGGGCUGCUUGCAGCCUUCUCAGCCCCUUUCCUCCUCAAAGUCUGGCUUGAAAAUGAACCUGGCCGAGGCACAGCCCUUUAAAACGUUUUCCUGACUUCACCAACCCCUUUUAUUUUGCUCCCACUGGCAUCCAGCACAGCAUGUUCUGGUGCUGGUAGUCCCUGCUGGCCACUUCCAAUCCCUGGUGUCACAGGCUGGACUCCCUCGGUCUGACCUGCCCCAAGCAACGUGGCAAAACUUAAAAAGAAAAGCUUUGUCUUUCCAAAAGUGCAGGAGCCAAAAUUUUUGAGUUUCCCUUCCUGCCUGGAGCAGCAUUGUUCUCUUUGGAGGAGUUACAUGCAAUUGCCUCUUGCAAAAUAGUGUUAAUAUUUUAUCUUCCCACUUCUAUUGUUACCAGGACCCAGAGCAGGGUGGAAACUCCUUUUGAGGGUGUUUAUUGGUGAAUGGAAAUGGAAAAAAAAAAAAACCCAGCUCCAUUCAUUUUUAAGGCUUGUUUACACAGGAACUAUGACAAGAAUAUAUCCCAGUAUAGACAUUCCAUUCCAGAAUAAAGGCAAGUUUCUUGCAGAAAAACGUCCACAUGGGGACAACCAGGAGGUAUCCCAGAGGUUGGGCAUGUGUAGUUUCCAGUGCUUUUUGUCUGGGGCCAGACAUUUGCAGAAUGCAGUUGACAUGAUGAAGGUCUGGGUCUUGAAGUUCCCAGAAAUUUCGGAGCUGCCUCGUUGGCAGCUUUGCCAGCCUUCCCUCGUGGCUGCCCCCAGGAUCCUGAGGGUUCUGCCCCAUGUCUGGGGUGUGCAGGAGCCCAUCCUGCCCUCACCCUGGCAGCUGCAGUCCUGCCUGGCAGGUAAAUAAAUGCCUUUAAACUAAAUUCCACCUCCUGCAAGCGACUGUUCUGGCAGGCACUGGCUAUUGUGUACACACAGGACUGAGUCAAUAUUUAUCCCUGGGUAAAUAACAGGCCUAGUGUGAGCUGCAACAAGAAUUUUUUUUUUCCCUUUUCUAAAACUCAGAACUGCUCAAUACAAACCCUGCUGUUUGCUGGUUCAGGCUGCAGCUGUUCAGUGCUGUGAGUUGGGAGAAUGAGGCACUUGGUCACCCUGUGAUGUCUGUGAGUGGCUUCAUCCAGGAGCUGGGAGCUGUGUUCUGAUUCCUCAGUCUCCUGUCCUCAGUCUCUUUCUGCUUUUCCUUUCCUGCUCUCUCUCACCCAUUGUACACCCAGUGAAUGCUUCUGGAGAGAUAUUUGAAGUUGUUUUGAAUUACUUGGUCCUCUCACAGAUCCUUGGGCACUCAGACCUGGGGAUGAGGAGAUGAGGGUGGGGAGUUCCAGCCAAGAAUUAAACCUGGCUUUCUUCACUUUCCUCAGGCUCUGGCACAUGUAAUGUCCUAAUUCCAGAUGCAGACAUCCCCCUGUUGCUGCCAGGUAAAUAAUUCCUGCUGGUGGUGCCAGCACAUCAAUCAGGACCUUGUCUGAGGGGUCCCUGUGCCAGUGAUUGAGGCAGAGGAGUCUGGCUUCUGUUUUUCAAUUCAGAGAGCCCUGGACCCUCAGAAGGCAAAGGCAGAGCAGCCUUGAUGUCCUCAGAGCCAGACAGAGCAGGGCAGUGUGUGGAGGGGAUGGGACAGGAUUUCUGGAUCCUGACUUCACCCCCAGUGCUUGUUCCCAGCCUUGGCACUCCCAGUCCAUCUGCUCCUGGCAGCCCCUGCCUUCCCCUGCUCCACCAGACCAGCUCCUCUUUGUAGCUAUAAAGAUAGAAGGUGAUUUUAUUUAAGGAAUUGAAUUGAGGAGCCUGCAGUUACCCCACUGUGGUUGCCUUUCCCCCCUAUCACAGUAGUAAAGGAGAAGGUCUCUGCUCUCUCCGCCUCAGCUGAGGGUCCAGAGCUUUCCCCUGUCCCACACUUCUGUUCAUGUUUCUUGUAACCAUCAUUAAUUCUUAUCUAGGGAAAAAGCCCAUAGAUUAUUUUUCCUCCAUUUUUCAACAUCCUGCUUGGAAUACAGAGCCUUGAGGACUGGAUCCCUGACACAGCACAGCUGCACAGACUCAAAGCCAUUCACAGGUUUUGGCCCAGCUCUGGCUCUGAAGCUGCUCAGUCUCCCCUCUGUCCCUGAGAGCACAAGGACAUCUCAGGCUCCCACUUUGUGCACCUCAGCCAGUCAGUUUAGAGAGAAGGAUUGAUUUUUAUUUUUUUUUCCACCAAGGAAAAGACCAGCUGGGUGCUGGAAAGCCAAAGCCAGCAAGGCCAGCAGCAGCUGAGUUGUUUCUGGCUUUAGAGACAUUUGCCUCCCUCUGUCAGAGAGAUGCUUCUCCUUUCCUUUUCCUGAUGGUCCCUCACUGCAAAAGGAGAAAAGUGCCAGUGGGUUUGUAAAACACAGAAAUUGUUCCUUCCAUCGAGUUCUGUGACUGAAUAGCUGCAGCAGUGCUAGUUAUCAGUGGUUGAUGCUUGCAAUCCUUCCAAGGAAAUUAAUAUUUAUAUAUUUGUAACUGUACAUUAUGCAGAGUAAUCAUUACCAUGGUAUUUAUUUUAAAGCAAUAGUUCCCCUUGUUCUUUCUUGUCCUGUGUUUUGGUCUUGCCUCUUCCCCUCCUCCUUAAUCAGCCUCAGCAGAAAGCAAAUACCAGAAGAAUGUUCAGCUUGCUUGAAGAACGUCCCCAACACACCAGCACUUGCUUUGCUCACUCUGACUGUUGACAUUUAAUGCACAAUAACCUGGUUUUCAUUAUUGUGGAUAGAGCAACUAUUUAGAAAACCUCUACCAGCCCAGGUUUGGGGUUGGGGUUGGGGUUUUUUUAAGUCCCUGCUGUUUCUGAGUGCCCAGCACCCUGAGCCCAGCUUUGUGUUUCCCCUGCCCUUUGCCCCCCACACACAGGUACACACAAACAGCUCUCUGACCAGUUGUUGGUUUGUCCACACACAUCUUAGCAAGUCUGAGUCCAGAAAAGUGUUUGUUUUAGA